GCGAAGAUUUUAUUGCCGGCAGAGAGCCCGCGGUCAUGAGCAUCUUCGUACUGUAUACUGCAGUACUGAUGCAGCGUUGUUUGCACCAUCACAUGAUGCCGCACGUCUGCCGCUUUCUGUGUCAAGAUCAACGCCGAAAUAACAACCGGAUCCAUCACAUAAACACUGUUGUGACAAGCUGCAUUUAGCUGAUACGUUAAUAUAUAAGUGCUGCGUUUCCUGGAUCGGGAAUGUGGACAACAAUCUACGGUUCCUUGUUCUCCACGCUUCUCUUGCUAUUCCAUCCAGGUGGCGCUCGGGCACAAAAUGAGACAGCGGCAGCAACGGAGAAUUUUCCCCUCCCGACCCAGCUCAACGCCACCGCCAAUGUGACGCUCCCGACGGAGCACAGCGCGCCGGUCAUCGCGGUCGAUGGCACCGUGCAAAACGUGCAGAACGCCUCCAUUCCCGAUGUCGUCAUUAUGACGCGGUCGACCCUGUUGGGAAGCGUAGCGCAGUGGCUGCAAGCCGUGAUGACGGUGGUGUGCGGCGGGGAGUCUGCCCCGGCGGUGGCCUUCUUCCACUGCAUCAACCACGCCCCCUCCAUCCCGGCGCUGUGGGCGGCCAUGGGGCUCAACAGCACCUCCAUCCAGGUGCAGACCAUCCAGACCACGCAGAUCUCGGGACAGAACGCCUCGGUGGACGCUAAUUCCCUGCUGACCCUCCUCAGCAGCAACGUCACGCAGCUCAACGACCUCCUGCAGCAGAUCACCGCCCAUCUCGGAGAUUUCUGCCUCAACGUCCCGCCGCUGAUGCAGUGCGUUAGACCGUUCUUGCAGGCAUGUAUUACCAGCACCGGAUUGCGGGUGGACCAGUUCGCGCGGAAUGGGCUAAUGAACGGAAAGGUGCCGGCGCCGGAAGUGGUCAAUAAGGAAAUCGCUAGUGUUACCAAUGAAACGGUGGUUGCAAACACUGGUAGCAUGAAUGUUACCGAAGUAAGUGCCGGUAAUGCUAACGUUACCGAAGCAAGUACCGUUACUGCCAACGUUACCGAGGUAACCACCGGUAACACCACCGUUACUGAGGUAACCGCCGCUAACGCCAACGUUACCGAAGCCCCACAGCUGCAGAAUGCCACCGCUGUCCAAGCCAACGUUGCAGUGAACAGCAGCGCCCAGGAAAUAGCCGGUAACAGCAACGCGACGAUCAAUGCCGAUCCGGUGUUCAACCAGAUCAAUGUAACCGAAACGAAUAUCACCGGUCAAGCUCGAGAAUUGGAUGUGGAAACUAUUAAGCUGAUUCAGGCUCAAGCGGCCGCGCCGGUUUCGAAAGUGUGGUUCAACGCCAAUUUCCCGCUGUCUCAUUCGGCCGACGACGUCGCCCAGUUCGUGCAGGCCUCAUUGGAGCACCUGUGCCAGAACCAAUCGGAGAAACUGACCACGGUUGUGUCCAACGUGGCGUGUAUCUUCAACGCCAUCAGCAUGCCGUCAUGCAGCAACGAGAUCCUCGAUUUGAAUCAAGCGCAGGCCAGCCAGGAAAACGUCUGCAAAGCGGCGAUGGAGUACGGAUCGUGCUACCUGUCUUCCAUCAACAGCGUCUGCAACAAUCCCGCCCUGACCGGCAUCUUCACCGACCUGGGCGUGGCCUACUUUGGCGCCACCGAAUGCGCCAAAAAUCACACCACCCACUAAGUGACGAUUGUUUUCCCCAGUUUCUCACCAGAACAGCAACAAAUGCUCUCCUAACAAGAGUUUGGCGAACUGUGCUGACACCCGCCAUUUCCGGUUUCCAGGAAUUUUUGUACGCAUUUGUAUGAACGUUUUUGCUGGUUGGCUUUUUAGCUGUUUAAUGUUUUUUUUAUGACGGCCACCACUUCGUUUGUUGAUAUCUUUAACCGGUGAUACAUUACACUCGUUGUUCCGUUGAAUUAGUUGUUGUUAAAAUAAAGUAAAUUAUAUACUACAUGUUUCUUAAUUACUGUUUUUUUUAAAUUUUAUUUAUGUAUAUUGUAUAAUUGCAUUAUAAGAUAAUAUUAUACUGGUAUUAAAUUUUAG